GUUAUAUUGAUAAUUGCGGGAACACGUCAAACUUCAGGGAAUCGGCGGAAGAGUUUUGGUAGUGAUCAAGUAAUACCUGGAAACGUAUAAGCGUUUAAAGAGCAGAGAGCAGCUGGGUUUGGUUAAUGAUAAGAGUGGGGUGGGUGUCCGAAUAAUUAAAUUACGUCGCCAUCUCGGGGUGAUAAAUAAAUAACCACUCGAGUUUUAUGAUUUUUAAACAGUCGUCGGCGUUUUAAAAUAUGGGAGGGUUAUUAAGUUACUUUCGCAACCUGCUUGGAAGUCGGGAAAUGCGCAUUCUAAUACUAGGUCUGGACGGUGCCGGGAAAACGACGAUUUUGUACAGGCUUCAGGUUGGCGAAGUUGUCACGACAAUACCAACCAUAGGAUUUAACGUCGAACAAGUUACGUACAAGAAUCUCAAAUUUCAAGUUUGGGACCUCGGCGGACAGACGAGUAUAAGGCCGUAUUGGAGAUGUUAUUAUUCCAACACAGAUGCGAUUAUUUAUGUUGUUGAUUCCGCAGACAGAGAUAGGAUAGGAAUAUCAAAGGAUGAGCUGAUUUAUAUGUUAGGCGAAGACGAGUUGCAGGGCGCAAUUCUAGUUGUACUGGCAAACAAACAAGACAUGGCAGGGUGUUUAAGCGUCGCAGAAGUACAUCAGGCAUUAGGUCUUGAUGCAUUGAAGAAUCGAACGUUCCAAAUCUUCAAGACAUCGGCGACCAAAGGAGAAGGACUUGACAUGGCGAUGGAUUGGCUUUCGAACGCGCUAAUGAGUAGGAAAUGAUUGAUGUUAAUCCCAAACUUUACAUCAUUCAAGCCUUAUAAUAAGACUAGUCAUAUGACAGUCACCUAAUCGAAGUGUCUUUGUGUGGUGAAAGAUACCUAAUUCGAAUUUUUACAUUAAUUUAUUACGUUGGAAUAUUUUCGAAUUUCCUACAGCUUAGUGUCAGGUCAACAAAAGAUUCUAAGAAAUACAAAUUUGACCGUUCGUUUAAAAAAGUUGGAGUAAAUUGAUUUCAAAAUAAAAAUCUUAAUAAUAUCUAAAUAAAUGAAAGAGAUAACUAAAAUGCAUUGUAUUUCUUUUAAUUUAAGGGUAAAAGUCAACUCUAUGUUGCUGCACUAUUAUCAAGAAUACUUAACACAAAUUCAUUACUCGAUCAGCAAAUAAUACCAACACCGAGUUUUCCAUCUCAAAUGAGCCGUUGUUAUUUCUGCAUCUCAAAUUUUGCCGUAAGUAUCAGAGUUCGCAUAUCAACGGCAUAUUACCUACUUUAUUUUCUCUGGGGAGAAGUCUUGGUCUUUCCAAUCAUGAGGCAAACAAUUUUAUUUGUAGUAUUACUUUUAUCCAAUUAGAUAUAGCAUCUUACUAAGCAAAACCGAAAUUAAAAUUUUACAUUUAACUUUUCUAAUCGUGAAACGUGAGAGCUCUCAAUUAGUCGAAAUGUAACGUUUUUUUUCUGCAUUUUUUCAUUCUGAUAGUUAAUCGUUAUUAUUGCAGAGGCAUACGACUCACGAUGUGGGUGUUUAUUGUAUAUAGAAAAUAGAAAAAAAAUGUAUAUACGUGUGGUGUCUGACGUAAUUACCUGGAAUAUUACAUCUAGAAAUUACAGGUAGAUCUGAAGUAUUGAAAAAACAAGCGGCUUAGGUAAUACGGAGGGCCCAAAUACUGAUUGUCAUAUUUUCUAAAACAAAAUUUCUUUAUAAUAACUCAGUUCAAUGGGACUGACACAAAAAGUUGACUGAUAGCCUGGAUUAGAUUAUCGUUAUAACAUUAAAAGUGGGUGGAAAUGAUAUUAUUUGCUUGUGAUGCAUUGAUUCUUGUGGUAAUUACUAAUGAGACAAAGUUGCGGUUUAAAAGAUGAAAAAAUGGCUAGAAAGUAAUAAUAAGUAUUAUUUUGUAAAUGUUAUAAUACUACGUAUGAUCAAUGUUCAGAGACAUCGUAACAUUUGUUACUUGGAUCAAUUAAGUCACUGAAUUUUUUACAGCCAUGCAAAACAUUUUUAGUUGAUAUUUACCAAUUAUCAAAAUACUGCAUAUCACUCAUUGCAUAUUUCAACCGAAUAGGUAUAAGUUUCUUUUCAUUAGGCAGUGACAAUUUGUAACUGUAACAAAAACCAAGUAAACUUUUUACAGUGUACAACAAAACUGCGCAACAGUGGCUCCUAAAAUUCUAGGCAUUCGAAAAAAACAAGUAAAGCCAUCCUAUUUCUUAUCAUUUAAAAUUGAGAAAGGUAUCUCUGAUGCAUAAUAGAUUAAAAAAAUAUCUAACGACAUGUUGAGCAAAAAUCAGGCGAUUCAUUUAUAAAAUUCACCAGUAUUACAAAUUUCACGGUCAGUUAUAGGUAUUAGAGCAAAUGGAUUAAUCUUGGUUAAGGUAAAUGUUCACCACACAAAGCACUUGAUAUUACAAUUAAAUACGGCAGAUACGACGAUUUCAAUGAUGAGUAAUGGUUUCCGCAUAGAAAAGCGGAACAACCUUAUCUUGCAUCGAAGACUAGAACGCAAGGAGAAAUGUCGGUACGUAGAAUUGAUUGUAUUUAAUUAUUUAGUAAUAUCGAAUUGUCAUUGUAUUGCUAGCUCAGUCUUGGGGUUGACGCUUGAAAUAAAAUACGAUAUUAAUAUGAAACUAAUACAUGCGCCACAUGCCAGCUCGAAAAAUUGAACAAAUCUAACGAUUUGAUGUAACAUAAAUUAAUAUACCAAUGCAGUUGUGCAUCGGUAUGUAUAAACAAGUUGGAUUCUAUUGAAAAAAAAAGGAAGAAACUUUUAAUAUAUUAUGCAGAUGGACGAAUUUUACCAUUGAAUGAUUGAGUUCAAGAUAGAAAACACAUC